CUCACUUCUUGUAUUUUUUCUCUCUCCCUAAUGCACACGCUUCAGGUUUUAGGAAACUCGAACAUUCCUGAUAAGAUUAACGACGCAACGAGCAAUCGUUGAAGUAAUCCACAAGCCAACGUUACACGUUAGCAAGAAGUUAGACGGGACAGUUGUCCGGUAAAAGUAGCUUAUCAGAAUUAAAUGCCUUAGUGCUGUCAACAAAUUGUGGUGAAUUCAGUUAACAACAUUAAUAUUGGUUUAAUAAACUAAUCGUCAAGAUGGUAACAGAUCUUAAACUUCCUCUUGGGUCACAAUGCAUCAAAUACCUGUUGUUUAUAUUCAAUUUUCUUUUUGUUAUAAGUGGAAUAAUUCUUUUAUCAGUAGGAGCGACAAUCCGUACUGUUUACAGUAAUUACAAUCACUUCUUGGAUGAUAAAUUUUUCUCUGUACCAUCGCUUUUAAUCGUCAUCGGAAGUAUUAUUUUCUUCAUUGCAUUUUUCGGGUGCUGUGGAGCUGUAAGAGAGAAUUAUUGUAUGAUUGUUACGUUUUCAGCGCUGAUGGUACUUGUCUUCAUUCUGGAGCUAUCUGGUGGAAUUUCCGGCUAUGUUCUCCGGAAUAACGCAGCUCAGAUGAUUGAAGUCAAAAUGAAAGAUAAUAUGGAAAAAUAUAAGAACAAUGAGACUGAAAUCAAACAGAUUUGGGAUAACAUGCAGAGUAGCUUUAAGUGCUGCGGCGCUAAAGGACCGGAUGACUGGCUAGAACACAAUGGAACCUUGCCAAUAAGUUGCUGUCCAAUUCCUGCUGGACAAAUGGACCAAUUUAAUUGCAAUAAUCAGACGAAAGAUGUUUACCGCACUGGAUGUGUGAAUAAAUUUGGUUCUUAUGUCAAAGACCAUGCGAUUCAACUCGGCGGAGCUGGCUUGGGUAUCGCGUUUGUUCAGAAAUCAACCAGACAAAUAAAAAUAAUAAAAAUGGCAGCAACUCACUUGGAUAUUGGUUUACGAUGUAUCAAAUACCUACUUUGUGCUGUUAACUCUCUCUUUGUGCUUACAGGUGUGAUGAUAAUUUCCGUGGGUAUGACGAUAUACACAGUCUAUGAUGAUUUCAGGCAUUUUUUAGAUCCAAGAUAUUCUUCUCCAGCAAUGAUUCUCAUCUUUGUAGGAGGUUUAAUUUUUGUUAUUGCUUUCUUCGGUUGCUAUGGAGCAAUUAGAGAGAGUACAUGUAUGGUUCUAACCUUUGCAGUUUCAUUAUCUGUCGUCCUAGUUCUUGAAAUUUCGGCAGCAAUUGCAGCAUAUGCUCUUCGAGGUAGCAUAAAAAGUUUAUUAGCAGAGAACAUUAAUUUACAAAUGCAAUUGUAUAAAACAUCCGAUGACGCAGCAGCUGCUAUUGAUUUUCUGCAAUCACGAUUGCAAUGUUGCGGAAGUUACGAUAAAUCUGAUUGGGAAGAAAUAAAUUUAAUGGACAGUGAAGCCAGUGAUUAUCCGGACUCAUGCUUCUCGUGGAUAUCAAGCAUCUACAAUCCGGGAUUCAAUAAUGUUCUGUAUGAAGAUGGUUGCAUCCAACGUCUUUCAAUGAUUAUCAAUCAGAGCGCAAUUAGUCUCGGCACUGGAGCUUUUGCAAUAGUUCUUAUUCAAUUUACGGGAGUGAUGUUUGCUUGCACUCUAGGACGCGCAAUUAGGAGACAAAAAACAGAAAGAGAGAAACGUCGUUGGGAACUGAGGGAAAAAUUGAUAAACGGUUAUCAGCCUUUGGGAAAAGUUGAUUCUUUUGUUGCUUCUCCAGUUAUUGACUUGCAGGCGGAACCAGUUAAAUAUGCCGAGAGCUAAAUUGCAAUUUAAUACUAAUAUAUUUUUAAAAAUUAUUUUAAAAGUGAUAUAAUUAAAAUAAUGUAAAUAUUAAAAAUUAUUGCAAAUAU